AUGCAACGACGAAACUAUGCCGGAAUUGAGCGGAUCGAAGCCGUUUCAGCCCGAUUCCGUCGAUUCAGAGAAACGCAAACGGCAAGUACAACGACCGUUGGCUGCGAAAAAGACCAAAGUGGAGAAAACGAUGACUACACCAGUGAAGGAUAUAUACCGACUGGUAUUGACGAACUACGAAUUAGACAUGGAGGAGGAGGACGAUUUGAUUCAGUUGAUAGAGUUGACAGUUCCCCAGACCGACAAUGGGAAUUACACGGCUAUGCAUCUGAUUCUGAUGCUUCUAUUUUGUCUACGGGCACAUUUGCCAGUGGUUACAAUAGUGGCGAAAUUGAAGACUCUGAGUAUGGAAUCUCUGUUGGCAGACAACGGAGCCGACGAACAAGUUUGGACUGUGAUAGAGAGUCAAUUGCCGAGGCUGAGAAAGAGUUUGAAGACGUCGUGAGACAAAUUACUCGUGUCUCAUAA